AUGAGCAAGCUAAAAGCACUAAACCGGCAAUUUAUAUCCAAUAUAGAAACACACAAAGCAGUUACUGAUGCCAAGAGAAACCUAAUAUUGUCCAUCUUGAAAUCAACGACAACAAAAAGAGAGGCCAAAAAUUACUUGACAAAGUAUCAAAAUCAAUUCGACUUUAGUGAUUUGGAGUUUAACAACGUUAGUAAUGAAAUCAAGCCAUUGAAUAAAAAAGAGAAUCAACGGGAGCUAUUCAUCCAGCGAUUCUUGAAUCGACAAAAUCCAUUUGUUGGUAUUUACGAUGAAGAUGACAGAAAGUUGAAGAAAAUCCCGCUAAGAUUGGCAAUUUUCAAAAUCAAAUUCACCACAAUUACAAAACUACAAUGGUCAGGUAUAGCUGAGUCGUUCAAAAGAUUGAUCAAAUUGGGGAUACUGCCAAUAAUCUUGCUAGAUUUUGACCAUUUGCUUGACUCUACAUUCAAGAAUAACGAGUUGUACAUCAUGGACCAAUCAAACAAAUUGUUGAAUCGUCUUGGCAACCCCGAGGAUCAAGACCAUUUCCAGGUUACAAUAUUGCGGUCUUUGUUUACGAAAGCUGAUGGGCACCUUUCGAUAGACAGUUUGGAACUGAUUUUGAUUCCAUUGUAUCAGGGCACCAUUCCGAUCCUUCUACCAAUUGCAUACAAUGUGAAUACCAGCACGCAAGAGUUUUUGAAAAGCAACUCGUUGCUAUUUGCAUUAUGCUCAGCUUUGGUGGAGAAAAGAACAACAAACCUCUUGUCGAUUGAGAAAAUCAUCAUGAUUGACCCACUAGGUGGAAUUCCAUCCAUCGAAAGGAACCAAACAAGUCAUGUAUUUAUCAAUUUAUCGCAAGAGUACUCGGAUAUUUUAUCUGAACUUUAUAUUGGACACAUAAGUCCCAAAUUACGUGAUUUGCACGUAAGCAAUUUGGACAGCAUGAAUGAGAUACUCAGCUUCAUUCGUGACAGAUCUGGGAACGAUGAAACUACUGGUAUUAUCACUACGCCCGAAAUUAUGUCGAUUAACAAUGAUCAGUUGAAUCCAAUAAUAUACAAUGUACUUACUGACAGAUCAAUCAUUUCUUCCUCGUUGCCCAGUCUGAAUAAGCGCACACCACAAGUAUCUACCACAAUCAUCAAGAAGGGAGUCAAUGUGCAAAUACUAGACCAGGACAAUUACCCGGGUGAAUUCACAAUGGCUAAUUUAUUUAAUGACAAAUUGGUAGACAAGUCCAAAUUAGUUGCCUUGUUGAAUGACUCGUUUGGAAAAUCCCUUCAAGUUGACGAGUACUUUAAGCGCAUAGACAAGAACUUGGCCACUUUUAUUCUUGUUGGUGAUUACGACGGAGCUGCUAUACUAACCUGGGAAAAGAGCCCCCACAGAAAUGGUAAGGUUGCAUAUUUGGAUAAAUUUGCAAUUGCCAAACGCAAUCAGGGUCUUCCUGGGUUGGCCGAUAUUAUAUUCAAGAUUAUACUACAAUCGCACCCGCAGGAGUUGAUAUGGAGGUCAAGAAAAGUCAACCCUGUGAACAAAUGGUAUUUUGAAAGGUGUUGUGGAUGUAUGAGCUCGCCGGAAUCGCAGUGGAAAAUAUUCUACACGGGCGACGUAUUUGAUAAGCGAAUCGAUCGGUUCAAGAGGAGGUCGAUACCUCCUGGAGUGAUCAAUGUGGGAGAGAAGUUGAAGGAGUACUCUGAUAUAUGCGAAGGUAUACCACCCUCAUUUAAAUAG